AUUGUUAUGUAGGUGGCCGUAAAAACGGAAAGAAAGCCCCAAGGUUGUUGCUUAGAUACGGCGGUGGAAUUUAGAAUUUAGGAUAUAUAUAUAUACAAGUAGCUUUUCAGAGUUUGGUACUAUACUUUUCUACGGCGGGGUAUGAUAACACUGGGUAUCAGAGAUACUAAAGGUACUUGAAAUUUACUUAAGCUUUAUCGCGUGACUGCGCGUUUCCACACCGACUUGCCUUACUUUGGAAAAACCGCGUCCCACUACGCGUUUAUUUAGUUCUAUGAAGUCAUUUGUUUGACACUUCCUUCUCUGUACCUAAGAAAUUCCAUCGUUUUCUCCUCCACUUAUUGAAAAAUCAGCCAAAAUGAUGAGUUUGUGGGAUUUGCGAUGAUGGACGCUUUCCUUAUUCGGAGGACACCGAAAUCAAAUGGCAAAGAUAUCGGCGCAACAAAUGAGCCACCUUCCAAGAGGGUCAAAAGAGAGGAAGUUAGUGAUAGUGAUGAAGAUUCAGACCAGGAUAUCAACUUCAAGCCGUUACCAGCGCCGCGGCGACUAGAUACCACAACUUCUGGAUUUGACGAUGAUGAGACCCCACAACAGUCGGAGACAGAAGUUGAUGCUCCUCGAAGGACUGCCAUCGAGAGUUCGCUUCCCGAAGUCAAGUCUGGGCAAGAAGCUCUUGACGAGUAUGAGAACUUUAGAGCAUCACAACAAGAUGAUGACUCUUCGACUGCGGAAUCGAGGCUCAACUCAAGAAAAUGGGUGAAAGGCAAGACUUCCCUCUAUGUUGACGCCUUUAACCUAGCUCUAAAUACAGUCCUCGAAGAGGAAUCCCAUUUAUUCGAUGAAAAAGAAAUAUAUAUCUUCAACCAAUGGGACAAGUUAAGCUAUGAUGCUCAGUUCUUGUAUGUGAUUGAAUACCAAAUACUCUUAAGGACCCAGUUCUUAUCUUUUUAUAGAUAUGUGCGGUUAUUUCUCAGGAAGACGGCAUCGUGGCACCGUAUAGCCCGUCUGCGUUACCACAAUGACGUCCAGGAUAUCGAGCGAGCGGUCGUUGAGUUGCAGAUGACCCGGGAUUUGUCACCGGGCUCUCCCCAUCUCCAGCCCGACCCAGAACAUAAAGAGCCGGGACCCAGUUCCUGCAAUCAAGGCCAGUGUGUGUUUGAUGGGAAUUUUGCUUUUGCAGACACGUCGGAACAAUAUAUAACCAACAUCGAAGAAGCCGUGGAGCUUCUAAGCUUGGAUGAGCUGAAAGUCUUGGCUAAAGAAGCGAAGGUGCAAGGCAAAAACAAGGCAGACAUCGCAAAAUCCAUCUGCCGAAUGAGCAGUCAACAGGCUGGACUCUUUUCAUUAGGCCUGCGACGUUCGAGUACCGUUGGCUCCGUGGACUCGCCAGACCGGAAUACACCAGAAGUAGAUUCACCAGGUCCAGUUGGCGAUGAUUCCAAUAGGAGAAAGCAUUUCCUCGACAAAAUAUUAGCUAUAUCGGGCCCUUGUACAAGACUUUCCUUACCUGUCUUCAGACUCUUCGAGAGGGUCCACCUUGUUUUUUAUCGGUCUACCGAAUGGACAGAGAAGUCUUUAACGACUAUUAUCCUUGCGAAAAUAUCUAAACGAAACUUCCCGAAGUACGUUGUUAGCAGGUCAGCUAAUAUCUUUAAUUCGAGGGCUCAGCUGCUGGAAUUUGAGACGGCCAUGAGGACAGAAUACACUGUCGAUAAUGUGUUAGAAUUCAACGGACCCAUCACCGAAGCAGGUUUUCGGAAGGUUAUAGACACGUUCGAGGAGAUAUACCCAAGAUGGAAAACGUUGCUACAAGAGGAACAGGAAAAAGAAGAAAGAGUUUAUGAGUCUGGAGAGGGCGCCUACCUGAGGCGGCUCAACCCCGCCCAUCCGUAUACCCGAAUUAUUCAUAAGGCCGCAUACGUCUUCGGUCGGUUGAAGGAACACCAGCAGGAGCAUGCGUUGCUAAGCGAAUUGCUUGAUCAACGUCUCUUUCAUCUAGCACGUCGAGGCUCUUGGUAUCAACGGAAAGCUCUUCUAGAGGAACAUUAUAUGUACGCUUUGGAAUCUGACCCUGCUUAUAAGAACACAGAACUACAGAAGAAGCACUGGAAACGAAUCGCUGCGACUACUUGCGAGGCUGCUCUGGAAGACCGAGAUUGUCAUCUGAUAUAUCACUACGAUAUACAAAAACGAUUAGUCAAACUCGAGAAACAACUUAAGAUCCCAAAGCGCCUACAACACGACUUUGGUCACGUCCGACUACAAAAACCAGAAGAGCAAUUUGUUGAGGGUAUUCAAUUAAAGAAGGAUGAUAUAGUUGGCAAGAAAGGACGAGCAGCAAGCACCAAGACUACAUGGGUAGACGAAGCCGAGGGAGGAGGCGAAUGCAGUGUGGAAGCCAUGUGCCUAAGUUGGUACCGAACCCAAGGAUGGAAAGGAUACCAUGCAGAAGGGGGCAUCGUAAGGACACUUUUUGCCUACCUCUUUUUUGACAUCUUAUUCCUCUAUAUCCCCAACGUCUUCCAGACAGCAUAUCAGACGUGUCCUUUGGACUUGCAUUCAGAUGCCUUUUAUCCGACUCGGGCGUCAGAGAUUAAUCAUCGGCUCGUUGAGAUCGCGAACGGUGGGGCGGCGAGACUAAUCGAAGAAGUCGACAAGCGGGAGCGCAAGAAUCGUACUUGCGUUGUUGGUCUGAACUGGGACUACGAGCUGGAGGACCUUCUCGAACUUGCCGGCAGCUUCGACGGCGCGGCACUAGCUUCCUUGUGUAAGGUCAUGGCGCAAGAGUACGGGCAACGGGGCGGCGGAAUUCCGGAUCUGAUUCUUUGGAGGACGGAUCCAAAACAAGAAGUCAUGUUCGCGGAAGUCAAGAGUGCAAACGAUCGUCUUAGUGAUACGCAGAGGCUAUGGAUUCACGUUCUAACGGGAGCGGGAGUCAAAGUAGCCCUGUGUAACGCCGUAGCGAAAGAGAUCAGGGAAGUCUAAUGAAGUUGGACAGAAUUCCACCGCACCAUGAUGCGAUUCUAUUGGCUGGGCCACAUUACUGGCCGCCCCUAUAUAUGAUAGGGGUAGUUACUUACCACUCAUUGUAUGAGAGCCUACUUACUCUCGUACAACCACAACCAGCCCUUAUACAGCAAGAAGAAAAUUCUGUGGAAGAAAUGCAUGUUGCAGGUUGAAGAUUCCCGGACUUGGAUUCUCGUCCUCCC